ACAGCCCAUGACUAAGCAUCAUCUUGUUGCAUCUAAAAUCAAUUGCUGAACGAUGCACCUCAGUCUCCAAUACUGGCCUCAUUCGAAUUGGAUCAUAUAAGUAUAUGUAUCUACGGUUUGAGCAGCAGAAUCCCCUUUGGAAUAUGGAUGACUAUCAACGAACAGAGACUGAUGGCUCCCAAAUUCACUCCCUCUGACUAAGUAAGACUGCACAUACUAAUGGCUAUCAACUUUGACCUGAAGAAGCACCUGCCCCAUUCAGUCAUCGUAUACUUAUCCAAUGCACGACUUCGCUCCGAACUCCUUCGCCGAGGACGAGGAGAACGAAGACGACGCGUGGACUCCCCUCCAGCUCGCAGCCUCGCAGGGCGACCUUCCCCUCGUGCAAUCCCUCAUUCCCACCUGCGACGUCAACGCCCCACCAAACGGUUUCUACGGCCGCAACGCCCUGCAGGCAGCCUCCGCGCACGGGCACCUCGCCGUCGUGCGCGCCCUCCUUGCCUCCAACGCUGACCCCAACGCGGCGGGCGGAAACAACGGUGGCCUCACGGCCGUGCAGGCGGCGUGCAGUGGCGGGUUCGCGGAGAUCGUGCACGUACUCGUCGCCGCCGGUGCACGCAUCGACGCGGGCCCCGCGCGCUACCGCGGGCGGUCGGCGAUCCAGGCUGCCGCGGAGGGCGGGCACGUCGCGCUGGUGCGCGAGCUGCUGGACCUGGGCCGCGUGGAUGUGAAUGGCCCGAUCGCGCGGUAUGCGGGGUGCUCGGCGCUGCAGGGCGCCGCUGCUGGACGGGAUACGCGGUAUCUGGAGCUCGUGCCGAUUCUGCUUGAUGCUGGUGCGGACGCAGAUGCCCCGCCAGCGCGGUAUAACGGCCGCACGGCUCUGCAGGCUGCAGCACAAUCGGGGUACCUCGAGAUGUUAGACCUGCUGCUACGACGUGGCGCUAAUGCCAACGCGCCCGGUGCGUACUACAACGGACGCACAGCGCUCGCUGCGGCGGCUGAAGCCGGGCACAAGACGGUAGUACGGAGGCUGCUCGAGAGUGGCGCAGACGUAUACGCUCUCUGCGGUAAUCCGCCACAGCGCAGGGCUCUGGAGCUUGCGGUCGCGGCUGACCAGUCGGAUGUCAUUCGUCUGCUGGAGUCGGCAGAAGGGUUAGGUUGCGAGGAACUGCUUGAGGAGCAGGACGAGUGAUACACGCUAUUCCCGGUCGCAAUCAUGUCUUCCUCAAUCCACCAGCCCAAAAUUCUGGCUCGCGCGUCGCGUCUGCCCUCUACGGGCCAGUCAAUCUGCAAUUCCCGCCCACGGAUGAGGGAUUGGUAUAUCUGUAUCUGCUUCUGUUCGAUGGAUAUUAUAUUAUUGUCUACUAUAUACGCAGAGCGCCAUUCAUCAGAUCCACGUAUGGUUUCGAGUAAACUACAUGCGAAGGCGCGGAAUCAAACUAGGUGCACUCCCCUGGGAGGGUCCCGGCUGGGAUCCUUCGACUGACCAAAUUGAGUGUGAGACCUGUUAGCGUCUACAACGAAUGCGAAAGCUGAAUUGCAUUGAUGACGGAGAGAGACGGUCAAUAGACCGGCGCCGGAAUACGGGCUUGGUCGGACGGGUCUGAUGCAUCAGGCCACAGAACCGCACCAGCACACCGAAAGUAGAUGGAAGAUCGAACCGAGUCAUCUGAUCAGACAAUUGACCAGCCUGCAAAAAUAGGGGAUCGGGUUCCCUGAUGAAGUGCUGGAUCUUUACUCGCGCAUUGCACGAGAGCCCAACAAGGAUUCUAAACUCAGCACGAGGCGCUGCAGGCUGUUCACGGGACCAAUGCAGCCCACAAUGAACAUGUUCCCCCGCCGUAUCGCCAAUGCAAAGGCUAGUGAACGUGAGUAAGGGCACUGAUACCGUGAGGCGUGGAUCUUGGAGAACUUGUUCCGCGGUUUGCGUGAGUAUGGAAAACACGGAAUGGCCAGAUGGAGAACGGACUGGAGGUUCAGUGUAGGACAAAGCAGCGAUUAGUCAUGUCUGCUGCCGGCGGGGAGAGAAUCCGGCGAGCGGAAUAGUACCGGAAUCCGGCGAUUCCAUUCCUACAGGUUGCUUUGCAGAAAUUGGAGCUUGAAGGAGUCCCAUCCCCUGUGUCCCCAAAGCUGGGAAUUCAUCUUUGUCUAUUUGGGGCGAUAGGUCAGGUCAGUGCGUUGCAGCAUUUGUGUGUGCAGAUUGUCGUCGUCAGCAGUCGAGUUGCGUUUCAGAUCAUCGAUCUUGAGGGCUUCGGCUUUGGAGCCGCUGAGUCAUCCAUCUAUCAGCUGAUCCCCGCACGUCCUUGGCUUGCUACCUCCGACUUCCUACCCAACCUCCCCCGGAUUUGUUUCGAGCCUUAUCCAGUUUUGGACUCGGACUCGGACUUUUCGACCCACCUCACGCUCAUUACCCACUGCAUGUGACACACGACAACAAGCUAACCAGCAAAGAAACAAAGUCUAGCCUGUAUCUGAGAAGAAAAACUUCAGCAAAAUGAGUAGCAGCUUAUCAUCUCCCGUGCUCCCGCCCGUAACUAUACCCUCCGUCUCAUCGACCCCGAGUGUCACUCCUCCCCUUCCUCCCGUGACCACCCCUUCCUCCUCCGCACCGCCUACCACUCCUGUAACCAAUCCCGUGUCUACACCAGCCACAACGUCGAGUGCUCCCACUACGACAAGCGUCGCGCCGACGUCCACGAGCACCUCAGUACCCUCGACGUCGUCUACCACGCCUUUGACCACAUCGUCUUCGUCCAGCAGCACCAGCACCAGCACCAGCACCAGCAGUACCACGAGCAUCAGCAUCCCGCCGACGACCUCCGCGACAACAGCACUGCCCACUACCUCGAUCUCAUUGGUGCUCUCGACGGACCCUGGUGGAGUGGUUGUAACGCAGACGUUGACACAGACGCAGUCGCGGACUAUCGCGCCUGCUGCGACGAGCUCGGCAGCCGCCCGAACGCCUACUGGGUGAGUCGAGUUCUUGUCCGCGUUGCUUUUCGUUCGUCGUCCGCAUGGCUACGGCGCACUAUCCGGUUCCUUGUCCGGUGUGCUUUCGCUGUCCCCGCCACGGGGCUGCCAGCUAUGCCUAUUGUCACGCACGGCUAUCAUCCCUCGAAACGCAUUCACACGUGCGUGCUGGGCCUGGGGCGAUUGGCGAUCUGUCACGUCUGGGUCCAUGCAUCACAUGGUUCAGCCGCCUACCUGUCUGGUCUUUCUGUCGUUCUAGGCGUUGCGUCCGAAGUAGCGUGUGCUGACGACGUUUCCCGCAGGUUUUUCCAGAACAAGGCUGCU